CACGCUCACCAUUUGUUGUUGCGCCUCGUAAUCGCGGUGUCGUCUGGUUUUCUGUUGUCUCUGCUCGUUUCUAAAUUCUCGUGCAAUUCAACUAGCUAAAUAAAACAUUUAACGCAACUUAGAAAACCCAAUUGCGUCGCAAAUUUGUUCUAGUGUGCGGGACAUGCGAACAGGAAUGCCAAAAAUUAUUAUUGGCCAUCUCAGUCGUAACGAGAAACGUGCGUUUGCGUCGUCGGAUUGCGUGUGAGUGAGUGUGUUGCUUCGACGAAAUUCCAGUGUGUGUGAGAUUGUGUGUGUGGUGAAUUUAAGCUCCUCCCCACCCCCCCGAAAUAUUCUCCUGCCCCUUGUAACCCCUCAGCGACAGCGGCAGCGUGCAAAAAGCAAAAAAUUUUAGUGCAAAUAAAUUGCUUUGCCUUAUCUCGGCGCGCGCGCUCGCUCGCUCGCCCGCCCGCUUGCUUGAUAUGGCCAAGUGUGCGUGUGGUUGUGCCUGUGUGUGUGUAUGUGUGUGUAAGCUGUGAGUGUGUUAAUUAAUUUACAAAGCCGCCUGCUUCUGGGAUCGAGUGUGCAGUCUUGCAAAUAACAUAUACAAAUUUUCGGAAUUUGUUGAUUUCGGUAACAAAAGCAACAACAAAUAAAGAAUAGAAAAACAACAACAAAAUGUUGCGCGUGCUAUAAACAAGUGCGAUUUCCCCUUUGUUCACCACGCGCGCGUCCCACUAAAAAGAAAAGAGCUACAACAAUAACAACAACAAUAGCGCAGGCAAAGGAGGCGCUGGCGCUUCAUGUACUUGAAAACGAAAGUUCUUUCGCAUGCAAACGGUUGCGCAUAAAAAAAAAAGAAUAAUACACACACACACACUCAGAGAUAAAAGCACGCCAACACUAUAAACACAUUCAUACACUCACGCACACACAUCGAGUGCUUGUAAACCGAAGAGCGGGAGACGAGAGAACGCAGUAAAAGACAGAGAGGAGGCGCCGUGGCCACUUGGCCUUGAACUUGUACGGCGCGGGAGCGCAGCGUUUGAUUCUUAAUGCAGCAAAAUUUUCACAGACUGCAGCCAUAAUAUACAGUUACACAAUCCGCCGACGUCGCAGAGUCAAUUGAUGGAAAUUUCAGGAAAUUCAGGAAAUAGUUGAUAAAAAUAAAACACGCCUAACAGUACACAAACUCCUGUGGCUUGAUCGCAUUCAUUUUGCCAUAUAGAUACAGCCACAGACAAUAGAAAUAUCUAAAUAGAUAUACACAUAUAUAGAUGUAAUUAAACAAGAUUGGAUUAUAGUUUAUUUUUGACUGGGACUCUUUGAUGUUGUUCACACGGCGGCAUUUUGGCAGCAAAACUUUUUUGUACCUGUUCGCUAAAGGCAAACUUUAAUAAGAUACCUGAGAAUACACUUUACACUGCAACAAAUAAAUAUAUUUAUAUAUACAAUCACCAGAGCAAACAAUAAAUAAAAACAAGCGAAAAGAAAACAAACAUUUUGCCGUUUCGAGAAGCCGUCCAGCACUUAUAUACAGACUAUAUAUCUCUAUAGAUCAGAAUAAAUAUAUAUCUAUAUAUAUAUAUAUAAUAUGCCCAACGUUUGCCACAGCAACAACAGCAACAACAACAACAGCAGCAGCAACAAGGAGUAAGCCUAACUGCUGCCUCACAUCUGAGCCAGCAACAAAAAAACAACAACCACACCAACAGGAAGUGGAGCAAACAACAACAACAACAACAUCAAUAAGGAAAUAUUAUUAUUGUCAACAGCAUUUGGGUGUAUCAAAUCGAAAUCUGUUGCCAUGGGUCGCAAAAAAAUUCAGAUUUCACGCAUCACCGAUGAACGCAAUCGACAGGUGACCUUCAACAAACGCAAGUUUGGCGUUAUGAAGAAGGCCUAUGAGCUGUCCGUGCUGUGCGAUUGCGAGAUAGCGCUGAUCAUCUUCUCGUCCAGUAAUAAGCUCUAUCAAUAUGCCAGCACCGAUAUGGAUCGUGUAUUGCUCAAAUAUACCGAAUACAAUGAGCCACACGAAUCGCUAACCAACAAGAAUAUCAUUGAGAAGGAGAACAAAAACGGCGUCAUGUCACCGGAUUCACCCGAAGCGGAGGCCGACUAUACGCUAACACCCCGCACCGAAGCCAAAUACAAUAAGAUCGACGAGGAUUUUCAGAAUAUGAUGCAGCGCAGCCAAAUGAACAUUGGCGGUGUUACGGGCGGCGGCGGCGGCGGAGGAGGAGGCGGCGGCGGUGGCGGUGCACCAAAUCGACCCAUGCCAAACGCGAGCUACACGCUGCCAGUAUCGGUGCCAGUGCCAGGCUCCUACGGUGAGAAUCUGCUGCAGGCCAGCCCACAAAUGUCCCACACAAACAUCAGCCCACGUCCAUCGAGUUCGGAGACGGAUUCAGGUGGGAUGUCCUUAAUAAUCUAUCCAUCGGGUACCAUGUUGGAGAUGUCAAACGGUUAUCCACAUUCACAUUCGCCGCUUGUGGGAUCACCCAGUCCAGGUCCCAGUCCUGGCAUAGCGCAUCAUUUGCCCAUUAAACAGCAAUCGCCGGGCAGCCAGAAUGGCAGAGCUUCCAAUUUGCGUGUCGUCAUACCGCCCACCAUAGCGCCGAAUAUGUCGGCGACAGCGGACGAUGUUGCCUAUGCAGAUCAGCGCCAGAGCCACACGUCACUGAAUACGCCGGUAGUGACGUUGCAGACACCGAUGCCGCCGCUGGCGAGCUAUACGUUUGGGGCGCAGGACUUUUCGCAAUCGGGUGCGAUGAGCGCGGACAUAAUGAGCCUGCCGCAGUGGCAUCAGGGUCUCGUGCAGCACACUAGGUGGGUAGUCCAGGCCCCGAGCCCGGCGAAUAGCAGCAGCAGCAGCCCCAGCAGGCAAACACUUAACGGCGACCAACAUCAUAAUCUGCCUUGCAGUCUAUCGCAUCUGGCUGUCUCGAAUAGCACACCGCCGCCCGCCAGUUCGCCCGUCUCCAUCAAGGUCAAAGCGGAACCGCAAUCGCCGCCACGUGAUCUCUCUGCCAGCGGCGGUGGUGGCGGUGGCGGCGGUGCCAGUGGCGGUGGUGGCCAUCAGCACAACAGCAACGGCUCCACGGGCAGUGGCUCGAGCAGCAGCAGCACCAGCAGCAAUGUCUCAACAGCGGGCGUCCUAACAGCCAUCAAUGCCAUCACACAGUUGGGCGGUGCCGGGGUCUUAACGUCCGGCGGAGGCGGCGGUGGUGGUGGCGGCGGCACGAAUGGCAGUGCGGAACAGGCCACCAAUCUGAGCGUCCUAAGUCAUUCGCAACAGCAUCUGGUCAUGCCCAAUUCGCGGCCCUCCUCAACAGGUCACAUAACACCGACACCAGGGCAUGAUAAGUAUGAAGGAUAUCCGUACCGCGCGCUUAUGGGACAUAAUCCUAGAUGGAAUUUUGCCGAUUUUAUUAUCUUAAACGCAGGUGCGCCCAAUGGCGAGCAGGAUGUGCGCCUACAAGCGGUUGCCGUGCAGCAGCAGCAGCAGCAGCAGCAACAACAGCAGCAACAGCAGCAGCAACAACAACAACAGCAACAUCAACAACAGCAACAGUUGAGCGACUACGAUGCGCCCAAUCACAAAAGGCCAAGAAUAUCUGGCGGCUGGGGUACAUAGCCGGCACGUGGCGCCAGCUACAAGCUACACCCACAACAACAACAACAACAACAACACCAGCAACAGCAACAUCACAGUAGCAACAGAAAGCCCGUCAGCAGUGACAAUGAUCUGGUCAUGAUGCCGCCGCCUCCACGUAAAGAAAGUGCUGCACAACGCGUGUUCCACACGGCUGUCAGCUAUGGGCGUGGCAGCGGCUAUGACUGCUAUAGCCAACAUCUGGCCGUGGGCUAUGGUCCACAGCAACAACAACAACAACAAUAAAUAAAAAUAAUAAAUAAA